CAGGGGGCGGGACAAUGACGUCACGGCGCGGCGCGCGGCGCCGCAGUGCGGGCAGUGGGACGUGUGCUCACCUGCGCUCGACCUGCGCGCAUCUGGGCACAUCUGUGCUCACCUGCGCGCACACCUGGGCACACGUCUGCGCUCACCUGAGCUGCCGUGCGCCAUGGUUCGGUUCGGGCUGACGGUCGUGCGGCAUGGAGAAACAAGAUACAACAAAGACAAGAUACUGCAAGGUCAAGGAGUGGAUGAACCACUUUCUGCAACUGGUUUCAGGCAAGCAGAUGCUGCUGGUUUGUUUCUCAGUAAUGUGAAGUUUACCCAUGUCUUUUCAAGUGACCUCCUUCGAGCAAAGCAGACUGCUGCUGCCAUUCUAGGGAAAAACAGGUUUGGCAAAGAUUUGGAAAUCAAGUACGAUGCAAGACUGCGAGAGAGAAAGUAUGGUGUUGCAGAAGGAAGGCCUUUGGCUGACCUCAAGGCUAUGGCAAAGGAUGCUGGAGAGCAAUGUCCUUCAUUCACACCUUCUGGAGGAGAAACACUGGAUGAAGUGAGAGAGCGUGCAAGGAAUUUUUUUGAAUUCCUCUGCCAGCUGGCUGUUGAGUUGGAGCAGAAGGAGCAUGGCAAGCCCAGUGCCCCAGGCAGGAGCUCAGGAACAUCUGGAGAACAGUUUGUUUUCCCUUGGACAAGCCACUGCAGUGAGGCGGAGCUGAGCUCUGCGGGCAGCGGAUCUUUGAUGGUAUUAGAUGCCAAUAUUUUGGUGGUGAGUCAUGGAGCCUACAUGAGGAACUGGAUUGGCUAUAUGGUUUCAGAUCUCAACUGUACCUUACCAGAAAAUUUAACCAAGUCCCAGCUGUCUUCUGUCAGUCCCAAUACGGGAGUCAGUCAUUUCAUUAUAAAACUUGAAAACGGGAAUUUGUUGAAGCCCAAUAUCACGUGUGUCUGUCUUAACCAAGACUCUCACUUAGUGGAUGUGGGAGCUGAAUGUGUAGCUUCAAAAGUGUUUUAAGAGUCUCUGUGGGGGAAAGUGAGAUUAGAUCACAAUUUUGCUAAACUUGGGAAAAGUAUCUGUAGUAAUUACUGGGAUUGACUGGAAUUGCUGACACUAAACUGCAAAAAGGGAGACAUGCAACUGCUUGCCAUCCUAAAACCCACAAUUUGCAUGGUCCUAGUGCCCAGUAAAAGUUGGCAGUAGCAAAAUAAAACAAAUAUUCUCUGUUCUCAGAAGCAUAAUACUUGCAGUCACUUGCAUAUCUGCUCCUACAGCACAUAUUUCAAACAACCUCUUUGCAUUACUCCAUAAUUAUUUUGGUUAUCUCCAAAUGAAAGGGUUGGGGAGAGGAAUGGUACCUCAAAGCUGAGCUAUACUGUAUUCUUGUUUUAUUACAAAAUACUAUAUUGUAAUAUGAAACAUACAUGUUGUCUUAAAAUAAAUUUUUGAAUGCAAUAGUAGAACCUAGGAAGCAUUGCCCAGUGGGACAGGUUUGGUGCAGAGCCAAGGGAUGUGACUCUGACACUGAAUAUCUGUGAGACUCUGGGCAAGUCUCCUUUCCAUUUGUAAUGUGGGAAUGAUGAUAAACCUACCUCGCCAGGAGUACUUCCUAAGAAAUUGUUCAGGUUGUCGAGAUCUCUGUUGAAGAGCACUGUACGCAAACACAGAGUAUUUAUUUUUAGCUGUGAGCAGGAUGAGGAACCUUGUGUGCACAUAGUAAUGGUCUCUUUUCUGGAAAAGGGACUUUCUCUCUGGGGUGAGUUGUACUUGACUGGAAUCCUUUUGUCAGCUGCAGUCAUGCACUUGAUUCUAUGAAUAUUUUUGCCUAAAAUGAGGCAAGUUUGAUUGUUUGGUGACUGUUGGUGUUAAUACUGCAUUCUUUCCCCACUGGGGUGUUUGUGGUGUUACAGUGUGAGCUUAUCUGGUUUAUGUUAUUUAUAAGAUUCACGUAUUUUUUCUUCAUUUGCAUAUUUUUGGCCUGUUAAAAAAAAAAUUAAAGGCUCUUGAAUAGAACUCCAAUUUCAUCUGUAUUUCUUUUAAGGUAAAAAUCUUUCUUAAUAUUGCCCUGUGAAGCUUUGCUCAGAUCACAUAACUUUUUUUUUUUCCUGGCCUUUUACUGUGGAAAAGACUCUUAGGGCUGAUGUUGUUUAAAAGUUUCCAUAGCUCUUUUUCAGUAAUAAAAUAAUUCCUUCUCAAUAUACUGAAGGAAAUAAGUCUUCACAGCAAACUAAAAUGGGAAUAUGACUUUUGCAUGGAGUCCUUAAGCUCUUUGUGAAAUGCAUCUUCCUGGAAGGCUCCUCUGUACUAAAUUGAUGGUCACAGCCAACGAAGAUAGAAAAGCUUUAAUUAUGACUUCUAACAGAGUUAAUGGUAGGAGAAUGGGGCGGGAGUUCAUUCUGAAUUUGCUUGUCCCUGGUAGUGCCAGUUUAUUUCAGGCGUGACACUUACAUAGCAAGGAAUUCUCCUGCCAGUGCUUUAAAGGCUGAAACUCCCCUGGAACUGCCAUGUCCUAAAUUUUGCCAGUCAUUCCAUCAAUUCUUCUUGGAAUCAUUCAUCAAUUCUUAAUGGAGUUGAAAAUGCGAGAGGAUGCAUGGAGACGUGACACAUUUUUCUCCCUAAGUCUGUCAUUUCAUCAAAUAUUUCAAAACACACUAGUGAUUGGGGUGCUUCUCACUUUCAAGGGUUUCUUUAUCUUUCUUGCUUGCUCUCAAGCAGGUAAUUAAUAUUUUGUUCUUGUUGAUGAUGCCAUAACCUAGGAGAGCAUCUACUUUGUUAAGUGCUUUGCCACUGCUUGGGUCACACUAUUCCCAGAGGGAUUUUUGACUCUUCCUCUAUAAUAAGCUUUACACACUUUUUUUUGUAUUUAUAGGUCAUUAAAAUUUAAAUCCAGCCUAA